AUGAUCGUAGAAGAAGAUCUAAUUGAAGACAUAGAAGAGUCACAGAAAAACAGGCGUCAAAAGCUUUCUUCGGCAACUUUCAAUCGUCAUUCGAGUUUUUGUCUGAGCGGCGCUGGCCCUCGCUGCUGGCCCUUUUCGAGAAAAGAAGAAACCCUUUUCGACCCGACGGCUGCGCCUCCCGUCAACUUUUCCCAAAAUUACUCGUCAACUCGUUCAUUCGCAAAUCGUGACAAAAUCGAAAUGGAGAGUCCGAGGAAAAGAGAGUUUUUCGAGAACGGGACUUUCGUCAAUAAGGGGGAAGAAGAAAGGCUGAUGGCAGGUCUGAAGGAGGAGAUUCUAAAAGAAGAGCCGGUUGCUACCCCACCUCCGACAAAAUCAAGGAGGAAAUCCGCAAAGCCGACAAAGAUCUUCGUAAAGGAAGAAGAAAUCCCCGAGGAAAUCAUCGAGGAAAUUCACUCGGAUCCGCUUCCUGAAGACGCCUUCUUUCCAAAACUUUCCGAGAACUUCAGCCCAACGCAAAAUGACGAUGCUUUUCUCCUAGACGAGCGACUGGAUAUUCACAAAAUCAAGCAUUACGAUAACUGCCGCGAAAAAAUUGAUGGGGAAAUUGUUCCCCUUGAUUUUGAUGAAGAUAUCGCCAGGCUUCAACGAUCCAGCUCAAAUCACGUUGUCCAGCGAAAGAAGGAAAUUCACGUCAAGUUGUCGAAGAAUCAAGAGUCGCCCAAAGCCAGCUCGGUGGCGCUUUUGCAUGGUUCAAAUCUUCCCCAGACGAUCGAUGUCGUCGCGACUGUUAAUGUCAAGACUGCUUCAAGCAACAACAAUGGUCUCAAUCAGAAGAUUCCACCUACCACCCCGGCGAAUCUCGAUGCUCUGCGAGAAAAAGCCGUCGCGAUCAAAAGCUGCAUGGAAUUGACACAAAUGGAAGUGCAGCAAUUAAUUCUCGGCGGUUUAGUCGUCAAAGUCUCAAAUCGAAAGAAACCAGAUCAGAGCUUGAAGUAUAACUGCAAAUUCUGCAUUUGGUACAACCACGACACCAAUGGGCAGGUGAAACUUCGGAGCUUUGGAAGAAAAGAAGAGAUCAAGAGACAUCACAUGCUGCAUCUGAGAUAUGAGCGAUUUCAGUGCCAGUACUGUCCUUACAAAGUCGUCCGGUCCGAUCAUCUUCACCGUCACAUGAAGAACAAGCAUCCAGAAGUAAAUCAUCCAGGGCCUCAAUCGACUCGAAGUAAGCGCCCACAGCUUGAUUAUGACCUUCCUCCGCUGGACUUUCCACCGACGAUGGUCACAGACAAUCUACCAGGCCGAUCAAGGGGACCAGUGAUGCAAAACGAUUUCCUGAGCUUGAUUCAAAAUUCCGCCACCGGGGCAAAUAUUCCAGCGCAGCUUCUUCAGAGUUUUCUCAAUUUCCAAAGACUGGCCCAGACGAUGCCAGGCGCGAACCCUCUACCGGAAUCAGACGAAGCUGAAACUGCCGAAAUAACAAUCGAGUCCGACAACGAAGAAGAAUCGACGAUUUCUGGCUCUUCCUAA